UGCUGACGCCAGAAGACCCCCUCCCCUUUUUCUCUCUCGUUCUCCUUUUUCCGCCACUAAAAGAGUGGCAUGAAUAAUCCAUGCCAGAUAAAGAACUGCAGCAGAGAGGGACGUGAUCACAAGCCUUGCUCGUGCACACACACACCCUCUCACACGCGUGUAUGGUGAUGGAGGCAGAGCAGAGGGGCGUGUGAGACUGCAGCAGCAUCCUUGCUUUCCGCUUCGACGCAUGCAGAGCGAUCUUUUCCUCCUGCGCUCCAACAAGCUAAAGCCGGCAUGUUCUGCUUCUGCCUGCAGGGCUCGUUGAUGAAGCUCCAGACUCUGGACGGAGACUCCAGUCCUUCCUCGGACCCCUCUCCCGAAGAAAGUCCACCCAUCCUGGGAUUUAAAGAUGAAGUCCUGCUUCCUUCAUGCAAUGGCGUUGGGGACCAGCACAGCUCACCUGACUGUAGGCUGGCAGAGGGUGACUGUAACACUGAUCUCCAGCAGAGCCCGGGGCCCAGUCGACUCAUCCAGCACAUCACAGACGACAACAGCCCCCUGCCCUCCCCGCGCUGCUCCAGCCAGAGCCAACGCUUCAACACCGACCCCGAAUCGGCCCCAUCUCCACCCUGCACCCAGCAUCUUAUCAUGGCUCGUGGUCUUCUAAGAGCAGAGGUUUCUGGAGAUGCUAAAGACGCUGCUUCCAUCACACUCCUCACCAAACACAUCCAAACCCUCAAGAGGAAAAUACGCAAGUUUGAGGAACACUUUGAGCAAGAGAUGCACUAUAAGCCUUCACAUAAUGAUAAAUCAGCCAAUCCAGAGAUGUUGAAGCUCAUGAGUGAACUAGCCAGAUCUCGCAAGCAGCUCAAAGAUCUGAAGCUGAGGCAGUCAGUGGAGGAUUCGCGGCGUCCUGAAAACAUCCCAUCCACAGACAUCUGCAGGUACACCAGCAUCCAGCAGGAGGCGCCAGAACACCACCAGCAGCAGCAGCAGCAGCACAAACCCUGUCUGGAGGAGACUGUGGAUGCUUUGCUCAAACGACUGCGGGAUAAACGCCAGGCGCUCGGCCUCCCAGACAACAUGAAGGAGAUGACCCAAAGACAGAUGGCCCUGGAGAAGAUCACGCUGCAGAAAUGCCUGCUGUAUUUUGAAAGCUUGCACGGCAGACCGGGCACCAAACAAGAGAGAAACCUGGUGAAACCGCUGUAUGAUCGAUAUCAGAUGGUGAAACAUCUCCUGUGUGCAAUUCCAACUAUUACUACUAUAGAAGAAGAAGAAGGCUCAGAUGAUGACUCCGUCCGCUACACUCCUCCGCCAAUGUGUCUCACAGAUAAGAGAGGCUGUGGGGAAGAGGAGGGCGACAGUGACACAGCCUUUGUGUCUCCACUGGAUGAGAUCAAGACUGUCAGACAUUCUGCCAUGACCAUGUCCAACCUCCACGAGGCCUCCAGGUCUGAGUUGCUGGAGUGUUUGCGUGAGACCCGAGCCGAGAAGAGAAGACGACGUAAAGCCAUCAGAGAGUUUGAAGAGCAGUUUGUCAGACAGAUGGGAAGAACCGCUCAAAAAGAUGACCGUAUCCCUAUGGCUGAGGAGUACCAGGAGUACAAAAGUCUCAAAGCCAAAUUACGCUUACUGGAAGUGUUGCUCAGCAAACAGGAAACCACAUAAGACUUACUAAAGUUAAAGAGAUUCUUUCUGCCUUUCAGUGUUGAACCCAGUGUUUGGACCAAAUGGAGUUUUUACAUUUGACGUAAUUGUGCCAUAAUGAUGCUCAAAUGCACUUUACUAUCAUUUCUGACCACAUUGGAAGUCCUUGACUCAAUGGGUUAGGCCGAACCGAACAAGGCCUUUGGUUGGCUACUUCAGUAAACGCAGCGUGCGAUCUCUGUGCUAUGUACAGAGCAAGACCCGUUGAUGCAAACCUCAUUCAGAUUAUAAAGGGCAAAAGGUAAUAUAGAGUAGUCAUCUAUGUUUAUGAAAUAUGGCACUUUAUUUUUGGAGGCGAUUAUUUAUUUAUUUUUUACCAAAGUCGAAUUGUAUGCAAUUUUCAUGUUCUCUUGCUCUUGUUUAAUGCUAGUAAAAAAUACACUGUUUUGUUUUCAGAAAUAAUAUGUCCAAAUUAAGUGGGAUUAAAAAAUAGCUAAAAUUAAUCUUCAAAAUUAAAAAAUUAUAUUAUUUUGCUUGUUUAUUUUUUUUCCAGGACAGCAAGUGACAUUAUUUAUAAAUCUAAACCUUUCAGUUAUAUUAAGAACAGAUCUUAACAAUGCAAAUGCGCCAUAACAGACAAUAACCAACCAGAAACAGAACUAAACUGAGGUAAUACACAGCACUUAUUAGGUAAAUAAACAAGGAAAAGGUGAACACAAUAGUUGAGCCUUAGUAGUGGAGAAUGAACAGUGCAUCUGAAAUUGCAAACUUCUCAGCAGGCACAGGACGUCACCAUGACGUCAGAUUGAUGUUGCACCUCAAUGUCAUGGGGACGUUGCAUUUUGUUUGGAAAUGAAAAUCUGGUUGACGUCAGCUUGAUGUUUUGUGGAUGUUACCACUAUGCUGUUUAUUAGGGCUGGGCGAUUUGGCCUAAAGUCAAAUUCUCGAUUAAUUGAACAUUUUAACUUUGUUAUGAUUAAUGACUGAACAUUUUAUUCAUUUAUCCAACAAGUUUUUUACAGUAAACAUGCUGAUAUUUUUGAAUGAAGGGUGUAUUUCUUGAUUUUAAAAUGAUUAAAGGAAACACACACUAUUUGCUAUCUAUAGUUAUUUAUUGAACAUCAACGUUGAACAAAUUAAAUUAAAACACUCAUUGCUUAAAACCAACAGUCACGUUUUUCUUAUAAAAAAAGUGAAAAUAAAUAACUUGCACUUUUGGGAACACAAUUAAUUAUUUUCAUUGUUAAACUUUUAGUAGUAAAAGUAGAAAAUAAGCAGUAAAUAAUAUUUUAAACUGCGUUUCUUAAACCUUCUUUAAACAAAUAGUUUAAUGUAAAUAAUCAUUUUAUUGUAAUGGAAAAUAUGCCGUCUCUGGAGCAGCUUCCAAUUAUCUUCAAUGUUGUGCAAACUUUCAACUUGUUGUUACAUUUUUGAGAGGUGCACGGAUAUGCGACCGCAUGAAAGCUGCGCCUGACAUACCUGUGCGUUCGACGCAAAAGUAUAAAGUAACCUUAACAGAGCGGGGUCACAAGACUCCACAUGCGGUGAGAAAAGUAAUUGAAAAAAUUGACCUGGAAAAAUUAGAUCGAUUAUAGGUUAUGAAUGUCGAUUUCGAUUACUUUUCGAUUAAUUGCCCAGCCCUAAUGUCUAUCUAACGUUGGAUUUUGGUUGUCAUACCUGACAAAUAAAUGGCAGUAUUUGACAUCAAUAUGACAUUGGUUUAAGAUGUUGGCUCGACGUUAGAUUUUGUUCACCCCUAAUAUCAACAUAUUGUGAUGUUACAGCUUGACGUUGUGUGGACGUAACCACUAUGACGUCUAUUAGCAAUUUGGCCUAAAGUUAAAAUCUCGAUUAAUUAAACAUUUUAACUCUGUUACGAUUAAUGAACGAUUAUUAUUUUUUAAAUUUAUUUAACAAGUUUUGUACAAUAAAUAUGCUGAUAUUUUUGAAUGAAGGGUGCAUUACUUGAUUUUAAAAUAAUUCAAAUGAAACACACACUAUCUGCCAUCUAUGGUUAUUUAUUGAACAUCAGCGUUGAACGAUUAAAGUUUCUGAAUGUCGAUUUCGAUUAAUUGCCCAGUCCUAACGUCUAUCCAACAUUGGAUUUUGGUUGCCAUACCUACUAACAAAUGCCAGUAUUCUACGUCAAUAUGACGUUGGUUUAAGAUGUUGGAUUUUGAUCAACCAAAUAUCAACGUCGUUAUUGGACGUCAAAAUAACGUUGUCUUUAGAUCCUUGCUAGAAAUUGAAUUUUGGUUAACUGACGUCACAACCUAAAUUUAACCUAAUAUUAUCAUCUUAUGAUCUCGUGUGCCUGCUGGGUCCUUUUAAAAAAAAAUUUAACUAACUUAUUUUUUACUCAUUAUUUCUGAAAACAAAACAAUAUUUUUUACAUCUUGAUUUUAAGAAUUUUUAGAUAUUUGGACUAGAAUCAUGAGGAAAUCUCCAAGUAAGAAAAUCAUUUUUUUCAGUGUAGUUUAAGAAUCUAAUUAGGAACGUUAUGCACACAAGUGAGCAUCCAAGAUCCUCUGGGGCUAGACAGGAUCUCUAGCCUGUCAAAUAAUGCAACGCUCUUGAUAGAAAACAACUCAGAGCACUUAAAAUAACCAUUUUAUGCAAAACGAGUUCCUCAACAUAAAUAGAGCAGCAGCAAAUCAUAAUUAUAUGCAUCUAACUCACAAGUUUAUUUUCUCAUUUGUGUCUCUCGCAUGUAAAAAGGGAGCACAUAAUGAGACCUAUUACCCAGACGAAAGAGCUAAGGACUAUAAUGAUCCACUUUGUUAAAAAAAAAUGUAAAAGUAUAUAUAUAUAUAUAGUACGUGGCCAUCACAGAGCACAGUUUUCCUCCUAUACUGUACAUGAAGAACGGAUUAUGAUAUAUUAAGUUCAAAUGAACACUGUCUGAUCACGUUGUACGCUAAGAAAACAAUACUGAAGCCCAAAGCAAGGAGAUAUGUUCAUGAGAAUUAAGCGGAUGUGCGCUUUCAAGUGCAAUUCUGCUAAAGUAUGUAGCUACUCUCUGGAAACGAAACAAUCAUUAUUAUAAUCUAUCCUUUCCGACGGCUCUACUGCAAUGAACUAUUACAAUCUUUGUGUAGUGUCUUUGCAUGCCAACCAGCGUAAAACUGUUUGAAUUGUGCUACAAUCAGGUGUGGUUAUAUUCUGUCAUGUUAUCGUCCUCCCAGACUUUAUUUGCUGUACACAUCAACAAUGACAAAUGUAGCUUUUUGAAUGUUAGCUAUAGUGCACGUAACUCUACAUUGGUUUAUACAGUAAAUAUAUAUUUAUCUAUAUAUAUAUAUAUUUGCUUUAUCGUGAACCUAUUUUGUUCCAUCACCAAAGUCCUCUGUAUUGUGCACUUCUUCUGGUUCUGUCCAUUUUCUAUUCACCAGUUCAAAAAUAAAUAUUUUUCUAUCUA